AUGAGUCUCGUUUUGCCUGGACAAACUGUCGCUAGAGGUGUUGCAAAUGGCGAAGGCACAACCACCAAAGGCGAUUUUGUGAUUUCAACUCGGGCUGGCAUUUUUGAUCCCAAGACAAUCUCUGUUAGGUUCCCUGAAAAGAUAGAAGAGACGGGAAUAUUACCGAAAGUUGGGUCUCUCGUUUUGGCUCGAGUGACAAGGAUUAAUGUUCGACAGGCUACCGUUAGCAUAAGCGUUGUGGACGAUAUUUGUGUUAAAGAAGAAUUUCAAGGAGUCAUUCAUGUUCAGGAUAUUCGUGCUAGUGAAAAAAAUAAAGUGAAAGUCCAAAAUUCUUUCCGACCAGGUGAUAUUGUUCGAGGUUUGGUGCUUUCUCUAGGAGAUGGAUCCGCUUAUUUCUUGACCACAGCGCGCAACGACUUGGGCGUUAUUUUUGCCCAAUCGAGUGAAACCGGUGAACAAAUGUUCCCAGUUGACUAUCAACAUAUGCAGACAGAAUCCGGAUUCACUGAGCAAAGGAAAUGCGCAAAGCCCGUUUUGGAUGAGUAG